AUGUCAACAUGGAACAAAAUCAGUUUCAUUGUCCAGCUCCGUCGGAUGGUAAUGUUAUGGAGGAGGACAGCGGCGCGGCGACGCUGUCUCCCUCCCGACAUUCCGGUUGGCCAUGUGCCUGUCCGUGUUGGAUGCACAUGUCGCAGGUUUGUUGUUCCGGCUAGGUAUCUUAACCAUGAAAGCUUUCGAAAACUUCUUCAUAAGGCGGAGGAAGAAUACGGGUUCGCCAAUCCCGGUCCGUUGGCGAUCCCUUGCGAUGAAAUAGUGUUCGAGGAGAUCCUUUUUCGGGUAGCUCGGUCUGAGCUCGUCACUGACCGUAAACAACUCCGGUCACUGGCAACCCUAUCUGAGUUGAUAACACAAUAA